UGAGACCUCCAUUUCAAAUCUUGCAAGAAAGCUUCAACUAUAUAAGAGUUCAUCAGCUCCUUUUUCUCUAAACCUUAAUCCUAUUAAACCACCUAAUCUUUUUGGGAACAAGUCACCAAGAAAAUUACACUAUGGGGCAACUACUGCUACUUAUUACCACAAUAUGCGUGGCCACCUCAGGUGACCCCCUGGACUGCAGCGACGCACUUGGCGACCUCUCUCCCUGCCUUGAUUAUUGCACCGAUGACGCCGACUACCCGUCCAUCGACUGCUGUGAGCAGCUCCCAACUGUCUGCCGCGCACAGCCAGUUUGCUUCUGUGCAGUUGUCGGUGGGACGUCAUCGGAUUUGCUCGGCAUCCCAAUCGAUACGGAUCGCGCGGUCAACCUCCCUGAUGCCUGUGAUAAUGAUUAUGACUAUGGGAACUCGCAUGUUGCACCUGCUUCUGUGUCGACCACAUUGAUGGUGAAUACGACUACCUCGACGAGACCAAAUCCAAGGCAAAAUAAGACUAAUGUGGCACCACCAUCUUCUCCAUGAGGUGUUGGACGAAUAAUCGUCAUUUCCGCAUGCAAAAGGUCAAGCAACUUGACCCUGCCAUGUUUUCCGUCUCAUAGUUUGCUGCAGUAUCAAAGUUGCCAGCUUAAGAUUAUACAUGUCUAGUUAUCCCUCUUGUGUUUUGUGGAGAGUUUUUUUACCCUGUUCCAACAUGUAAUAAAGUGCUUUUUCGAGGAUGGAUUAGAUAUCAGUUUGCUAGGGUAGGGGUGUGGUGUAAUGAACUGAUAAUAAAAAUGUGCUUAAGAUGGUGAAGUGUUGACAA